AAAAACAACAGCAGCAAAAAUGCUAAUUUCCCCAAUUUACCUUAUGCAGAAACACAUUUCUGUUUGGUCAGUAGAAAUGGAGCACCCAUUAAAUAUAGACCUAGGUCAGUGCUCUUCACAACAUCAACAAUUUUCAGCACAACCUGGGUGUAUUUAUCACUUCAUCUAAAAUGUACCUAGACGUAGAACUAGAUUUUCAGGUUCUGACAAAGAAUCCCCCCUCCUUUUUUCUUCCGUUCUUUCUCUGCUACGCCGGCUACUAUGAAUGUGUCAUCAGAAGCUAUUACUUUUAUUUCCCGUUUUCUUUGUCACAUGAUACCACAUACAGCUGUCAACCUCAAGACCACUGGUGUGAUCUGUGUCUGAUAUUUUGCAAACAUGUUGACCGAAACUGCCCCGAAAUUAUAGAUUUAUUUUUAACAUACAAUGGAAUCCAAUCAAAACUCAAUGCAAUCAUGUCUUCGUCAAAAUACGAUCAAAUUAACUUUGUUCUUAUCAGAUUUUAAAUAAAACACUAUUGCGUUUGGAUAGUUUGAUUUGUAAGUAUUAACCAUAGCCCCGCUUUCUUUAUCUUAAUUUCUGCUUUGUUGCCUGGUGAUACUCAGCUCAUCAAUCAGCUCAUUGAGCAACAUGUACCUCAACCUCUACGCUCGUGGUCUGCGACGGGUGUGGAAUAGUUCCAACUUCCUCGUAGCUGUUCUUUAGUUUCGUUUCCUUGCUGGUGAGCAGCUGACGAUCGCCACAUUUUGCUGGAUUCGUUUGUUCACUACGUCUCAAGGAGAAAAUCCUGCAAAAUACACAUUGUCUAAUAUUAUUUUGAAAAGGCAAAGAAUAUAACCUGUCAAAAUGAAUAAGGGACUUCUAUUCGUGUUUACACUCGGCGUUUUACUCUCAGCGUCGUCUGCCCAUGGGGCCAACAAAAGACCCAAACCACCAGUGACCCUUUCGCCCCCAUUUGAGUUCAGCAGCACCCCGUCAGAACUAACCAGCACAACGGUCUCCACCCCCGAACCCACCACCGAACCCACCACCACCACCGAACCAACUACAACCAAACCAACUACAACCAAACCCACUACAACCAAACCCACUACAACCAAACCCACCACCACCAAACCCACCACCACCAAACCCACCACCACCAAACCCACCACCACCAAACCCACCACAACCACACAUGCUCCGAACACAACCACACAUGCUCCGAACACAACCACACAUGCUCCGAACACAACCACACAUGCUCCGAACACAACCACACAUGCUCCGAACACAACCACACAUGCUCCAACAACUACAGCCCCUCCUGCACCCACCCCUCCUGCACCCACCCCUACUGCCAACGUGACCGUGGGAAACUACACCAUCAAGUCAGGGAAGGGCCUGUGUCUAAUGGCACAGAUGGCGCUGCAGAUCAAAGUGGUCGACGCUGGAAAGACAGGAGUAUUCGUCGUUCAGCCGGCGCUCACCAAAGUUGAGGGCGACUGUAAGGAAACUACAGCAAACUUAACCCUGAAAUUCAAGGAGGGCUUUGUCACAUUUCUGUUCCUGAAGAACACCACCCAAAAUGUUGUCUUCGUCAACUCGGUUUCUUUCAAGCUCAACUACCAGUUUGUUUCUGAAGGAAACAUCGAAUUGUCUCCGCCCUACUCUGCCAAAAACGAUUCUCUGGAGCUCUUCCCCGCUGCUAGUCGCCACUCCUACUCCUGCAAGAACGUGUCUGUGUUCAUGGGAAAUGGGUUGUACCUGGACAUCUCCCAGGACAGGAUGCAGGCCUUCGACCUCAUCGAUGACAGGGACUUCGGCGCAACUGACCCCUGCCCCGCUGACCGGCCCGACUACCGCGUGGCCAUCGCCGUGGGGAUCGUGCUGCUUAUCCUCAUCAUCAUCGUGGUGGUGGCCUACUUCCUGAGCAGGAGGAGGAGGGCGGAUGGCUACCAGUCUCUCUGAAGCUCCGCUCGGGGUUCAGAGGGCACGCAGUGUGUCUGCUCCCUGGCUCGGUCCACCUUGCCGUUUUGUUUUUUUGGUCACUUGCUGGCAACCGUUGAAACUGUUAUUGCAUUUGCUUACAUAUAAACUAACUAUACCGCUACACAUCAACUAACUACGUGGAUAAAAUGAGGGGAAUACCAGACAGUCGGAGACAGAUCCAUUUUAGUGUAUUUUUGUGAAAAUUCAUUAGUUGAGGUAGAUUACAUUCCUUGGUUCAGAUACUGGGAUUCAAGGAUUAACAUAUACUGACUUCUAUAUCUGACCUCAAGGGUUGCUGAUCAAGUUUAAUAUUUGUAGAUUGUGUUUCACAAUAGGCCUUUCCCUUUAGCUUUAUUUCAAACCAACGUGGUUUUAAUAACUUUUUGGUUUGUUUUUGUGUGUGUGUGUGUUUCUAUUCAUGGAAGGGCAAUAACUGCCCUCAAAACUCUGCUAAGGAUUUUGAAGGUAACUGAACCAUUGGCGAACCUGUGAUACCACUCGGCGUCAUCAAAUUGCGUCAGGUUUUACAUUUUUUUCUCAAAGGGAAGUGUAAUCUCAGUAUGGAUGUGUUCAAAAUGAAUGUUUAUUUGUAUCAGUUUCUUUGUUAAUUAUUAUUUGCAGUUAAUUCACACAGUCCCCCCCCCCCCCCGAUCCUGUUAUAAUUCUGUACGUGGAAAGGUUUAAGAAAAGGUCAAAUCUGCCAAUCAUAAAAAAUGUGCCGAUUAGUUUAUUUCGUCGACAUCCGCAGUGGUUCGAUAUGUUGAGGUGCUAGUUGAAUCUAGAAUCGGAUUACCAAGCUGUACCAAGCCUUAGGCAGAAAGGGAUGAAGCAGAACUGACUCCAGACAUCUUGAACUUGUGAACGUCUGAGCAGCUUGUACUAUAAGGGAUUACAUUUAGGACCUGAAAGCGUAUCUAAAUCUGAGAAAUUGUGUAACAUAGGGUUUAAAACUGUUCUACGGCAGUUCUUCGUUCAGGUAGUUCUUACCGUUGAUUAUGGCGGGUCGUACUCAAAUGACUUCCUGCCUUUUUAAUAAGGGAAAGUGUACUUUGAAUGUUUAUCUUCACGUGAUUGUGUUUUGUUGAACAAAUGUUGAUAGAUCAGAAGAUCCCCAAUAAAAUUUGAUUGUAAUUUCUAAA